GGGAUGGGAGAAGGAAGGCACCGGGGUGCGUGGAAGGCACAAACUGGCGCUAGACAGCAGCAGCAGCAGCAGCAGCAGCAGAACCAACAGCAGCAGCAACAGAGACAAAAGCAGCAGCAGAAUCGGCAGCAGCAGCAGCAGCAGAACCAACAGCAGCAGCAGCAGAGCGCGGUGACUAGCAGCGAACACAUCCAGACAGCAGCGGGCAGCAGCAGCACAGGCCACCAGCAGCAGCAGCAACAGCAGCAGCACUAG